AGCUUUAUACAAGGCCAAAGAAGAUUUAAUUCGGACCGCUGACGGAGACGCAAAAGACAUGUUAUUACAACAACAAGCUAAAGUCAUUGUGGACGAAGGUGAUUGUAAUGUAUGUUGGAUAAGAUAGUUCAGAAGAAACAAGCAAUUUACGUGGCCAUGAACAUUCUCAUGAAAGACCCUGCUGUGAAGCAGUCAGUAUUUUGUUGAGGAAGUCGUUUCAAACGUCAAACCUUUAUCAAAAAUGGAUAACAAUUCUGAAACAAGAGGAGAGAAUAAACGAGGCGGCAAGAAAUGGAGGCAUUUCAAAGGCUUUGUGAAGAUCUUCUUUUGUUUUGCAUGUAUUUUUCCGAAAAAAUCUAAAACAAGAAGACGCGGAGAUGAAUCAGUUGAUUGUGCGAACUUGACUGAGGAAUAUUUCUGUGAAAACGUCGAAAAAGAGAUAGCAAAAUGUACGUUGAAGACUGUUGUGGUGGAUCCAAAGAUUGAGGAUGAGAAAUCAGUUCACAGCAUAGAAUCAGUUGCGAAGCCACCAGCAGGUCCAGUAUCAAAAAUGCUCCUGGGAGGAGGUGAUUUUCUUGUGGACCUUGAAGCCCAGAAUUUAGUACAGGCUGCUUUAUACAAGGCCAAAGAAGAUUUAAUUCGGACCGCUGACGGAGACGGAAAAGACGUGACACUACAGCAACAAGCCAAAGUCAUUGUCGACGAAGCAAUUUACGUGGCCAUGAACAUUCUCAUGAAAGACCCUGUUGUGAAGCAGUCAGAUAUUGGAGAGGACAAAUGAAUGGGCUUAUUUUAUUGUUUAUUUAUUUUUUAUUAAUAAAAUUUA